AUGCCGGUGUUGAACUUGUCGUUUGCCGCCUGCGGGUUCGUGGGGAUCUACCACCUGGGGGCGGUGGGGGCGUUCCUCCGCCACGGGGCCGGGCUGCUGGGGUCUCUGGGGGCCUGCGCCGGGGCCUCAGCCGGGGCCCUGGUGGCCGCCGUGCUGGUCACGGCUCCGGACAAAACAGAGGAUUGUAAAGAAUUCACGUACAGGUUUGCUGAAGGUGUGAGGAAUCAGACGUUUGGAGCCGUCACCCCCGGAUACGACUUCAUGCUCACGCUGAGGGAGGGAAUCGAGCAGAUUCUCCCCAGAGAUGCUCACCGUGUGGCCAGCGACCGCCUCCACGUCUCCAUCACCCACUCUGGUACCGGCAAGAACCACAUGGUGUCCCGGUUCUCCUGCAGGGACGAGCUGGUGGACGUUCUUCUGGCCAGCAGCUUCGUCCCCGUCUACGCCGGACUCAAGCCAGUCCAGUUCAAGGGACAGAAGUGGAUGGACGGAGGCUUCAGCGACAGCCUGCCUCUGCUGCCGGUGGGAAGAACCAUCACCGUGUCUCCGUUCUCGGGGCUGCAGGACGUCUGUCCCGUCCACAGGGGGCGCUACAACACCCAGCUCCGGCUGGCCAACAUGAACAUCAUGUUCUCCAGGGAGAACCUCCGGCGUCUGAAUCAGGCUCUGUUCCCGCCCAAACGCAGCACCCUGACCUCCCUGUGUGACGAGGGAUUCAACGACGCCGUCAGAUUCCUGCAGAGAGAAGCUCUGAUGAGCUGAGACCAGCGUCCUGUCGCCCCCGGCAACCGCCCUGAUGAGCUGAGACCAGCGUCCCGUCGCCCCCGGUAACCGCCCAGGAGACGAUGGACGUCCUUCCCUCAUUUCAGGGAGACGAGCUGCUGCUUCAGGACACGAGGACGGAGGAACUUCGGGGUGUCUGGGUUUGAUUUUCACUUGUCACUUUCAAG